AUGCAUCGGAAUUCAACUCCUUAUCGUCCAAAGGCGAAUGGAGCUGUAGAAGCUGCCAAGAAGAAUUUAAAGAAAAUACUCCGUAAGAUGGUGCAGGGUUCCCGACAAAGGCAUGAAAAUUUACCUUUUGCUCUGUUGGGUUAUCGUACUACAGUUCGGACUUCAAUUGGUGCAACUCCUUACUUGUUAGUGUACAGAACUGAAGCAGUUAUACCUGCAGAAAUUGAAAUUCCAUCUCUUCGACUAUAUCAGAAGAGAAUAGGACGGGCAUAUAACAAAAAGGUACGCCAUAGACAUUUUGAAGUUGGUCAGUCAGUACUAAAACGCACCCUACCCCAUCAGAUUGAAGUCAAAGACAAAUUUUCUUCUAAUUGGCAUGGGCCAUUCAUGGUGAAGAAAGUGUUACCUAAUGGCGCGUUAUAUCUGACUGAUGUAGAAGGCAAAAUGGAAGGAAUGACGGUCAAUGCCGAUGCAGUUAAAAGAUAUUAU